AUGGAUUUAAAUGGAAUCCCAAUGCCAAAAUUUGACUGGGAAUCAACAAACUUGCCAGAGCAAUGGCGAAAAUUCAAAAGUCAUGUUGAGCUAAUAUUUGACGGGUCUCUUAAAGAGAAAUCCGAAGAAGUAAAGGUUAACUACUUGUCGCUUUGGAUAGGCGAUAAAGGCAGAGAAAUUUGUGAAACAUGGACAGAUUUAGACGGCAGUGGUUCAGAACAAGCAACGGCCAGAAAGAAACUUCAAACAUAUUACGACCGAUAUCAGGCACAUGUUCAGCCGAGGCUCAACGCAAUUUUCACUCAAUAUAAGUUCAAUACGGAGACGCAGGCAGCGGGAACAAUCGAACAGUUUAUAACUAAACUACGAACUUUAGUGAAGGACUGCGAGUAUACAAAUCCUGACGAAAUGAUGUGUGACCGAGAAAAACUUAUAAAUGAAGGGGACAAACUCACCCUCGACAAAGCGAUUCAGAUAGCCCAAACGCACAAGUAUUCACAGCAACAGUUGAAGACCAUGGUCUCAGCAGGAGGUACAUGGAAUAAACAGAAGAAAUUUUAAUCGACAAGGACAAUCAUACCGCAAUCAACAAGGAAUUGGUUUUGAGAAUAAAGAUGAUGUAAGAAAGAAUCAAGACGAGAUUGGAUCGGAAAAGAAGGGGUCAAGGCAAUCAAGAAUGCCCAAGACAGAUAAGUGCCCUGCACAAGGGAAACAGUGUAAUAAAUGCAAUAAAUAUAAUCAUUUGGCAAAUAAAUGCCUUUCUAAAAGGGUUAAUAAUGUACAUGAUGUUGUGUGUCACAACGAAAAUGAACUACAAUUAGAUGAACAGUUUGUUAUAGAUUGUAUACAAUGUGAUACAAAUAGCCCCUCUGAUAAUCAAGCCUUUUGCACAUUCUUAGUAGGCUCUAAGCAGAAAUCAGUAAAGUUUAAAUUAGAUACAGGGUCACAGGUUAAUAUUUACCCAAAUCUAUUUAUAAGUCCCUGGGUGGGUGUGUAGAAUGCCUUGAUCGCCCCAAUGAAACAUUGUCAGCAUAUAACAAUAAUAGGUUGGAAUCGCUAGGGUGUUGCCACUAAAAGUGUGUGCACCAAAAAGUAAGUAUACAAAUGAGAGUACACUUGCAUUUCAUGUAGUAGACACACAGUCUCCUCUGAGCAGUGAGCUUACUUAUUGGUCAUCCUUACUACAUUUAACACCCCUUUUGGCAGGUAUAGGUAUUUAAGGUUGCCCUUUGGGUUAAAAUCGUCUCAAGAUGAGUUUCAAAAGAAACUUGAUCAGAGUCUUGAAGGUCUAGAAGGGAUGGUUUCGAUAGCCAAUGAUAUUAUUAUUCAUGGUAAGACUAGGCAAGAACAUGAUCAGAGAUUACAUGAGCUUCUGAUCCGAGCUAAAGAAAAAGGGAUUAAGUUCAAUAAGGAUAAAUUGGAAGUAGGAGUUACAGAGGUGAAAUAUUUUGGUCAUCUCUUGACUGAUAAGGGAUUAAAACCAGACCCCGAUAAGGUCAGGGCAGUACAGUCCAUGAAGUUAUCCACAGUUAAAAGUGAGCUUGAAACUUUUUUAGGUAUGGUCACAUAUUUGUCUAGGUUUGCACCAAAUCUAUCUGAAGUGACCAACCCCCUGCACAGGCUACUUACACAGCAUGCCAAUGAAUUGCAAUGGAAUCAGCUGCAAGUAGAUGCAUUUGAGAAAAUCAAAGUAUUAUGACUGAUAGUCCUGUACUAGUAUAUUAUGACCAGCAUAAACCAGUUACAUUGCAAGUAGAUGCAUCUAAAAUCGGUUUGGGUGCUGUUUUAAUACAAGAAGGGAAACCCAUUGCAUAUAUGCAUCUAAGUCACUUACACAAACUGAAAUUAAUUAUGCACAAAUAUAGAAAGAAAUGUAUGCCAUAAUAUUUGGGUGUAAAAAAUUUCAUUAUAUGUAUGGGCGAAAGAUACGAGUGGAGACUGAUCACAAACCACUCAUUCCUAUUAGUAAGAAACCAUUGCAUGCUGCUCCUCCCAGAAUACAGUGCAUUCGGCAGGGAAAAGGCUAUGCUAUUGAGGUACAAGUUAUCACAUCAAAGCACUACUACACUUCUCUUUUGGGCCUGGCUGACAGCACUCACAUGGGCAUACUCAACUAUGAUGUCGACACAGCUAACCAACUCGAAAGUAAUCCUGAGCCAGUUGCUCCACCUGGUGAAUUAACACUCGAUUAAUACAAGCAUGCUUAUGGACAUUUAUGUGAGUGUUUAGGUGAUCUGGGAACUCCCCUUUCUCUCACCCUUAAUCCUGAUGUUCAACCUAUUCAAGCCUCCUCCUCCCUCCACACCGCUUCUCUGCAGCCAAAUUGCCCAUAAUUAAGGAAGCCCUCGACAAACUCAUUCAACCUGGACAGUUAGUUCGAGUGAAUGAACCUACACCCUGGAUCUCAAAACCUGCGAAAGUGCACAUUUGUUUGGAUCUCUCGCAAACCGUUAACAAGGCAAUAAUCAGACCUGUGUACCCCAUUCCCACCCUUGAAGAGAACAUUCACCGGUUUCAUCAGGCAAAGGUGUCCUCCACUUUUGAUAUUAAGGAUGCUUUUCAAACCAUCCAACUAACGAAAGAAUCUUCAAUGCUGACUACCAUGCGUACUCCUUGGGGACACUACUGUUGGACUUGCCUGCCCUUUGGCAUCAGCUCCGCACCUGAUGAAUUCCAGCGGCACAUCCAUGAUGUUCUUUGUGGCUAG